AGCAAGAUGGGCAAGCGGAAAGCUCAACAGCAACGCCAACAGCUGAUCAGCAGUUUGAGUAAGAAGCAAAAGAAGCACCUCAAGGAUUUCGGGGAGGAGCAUCCUUUCUAUGAUCGGGUUUCUGGAAAAGAAGAGCUAACUCAGAUUUGUGAACUGUCUGAGAAUUCUGAGCCAUCAAGCUCAGAAAGUGAUGCAGAGAGUGACUCAGAACAGGUCUCUGUGUAUCACAAGUUACUGGCCACGUUAAAAGCAGCUCCAUAUUCAGACAAUGAGGAGGAAGAGGAGAAUGACUCUGAAGAAGGAAGUUAUGGGGAUCCCACAGAAACUGAUACUAAAGAGUUCCAGUAUGGGGAAGAAACAGGCGAUGAAGAUAAUGACAGCGAUGUUCCUGACCAGGAAUCGGAAGCAGCAGUGCAAAAAACCAGCCACGAAGAACCUGGAGAUGAAGAUAUUUCUAGUGACCUAAAAGAUGAAGAGUUCACAGAUGUGAAACAUGAAUCUGAGUUUAGCCUGGAAACCAAUUUUAUAGAAGAAGAAAGUGUGGAUCAGAAAGAAAGCUGUUCUGCGGACGUUGUGAAAGAUGCAUUUAAGCAACACAUGGAUGAAGAACUAAAAGAAAAAGAAAUAGAUAACAUUCUUGCACUGUCUAAAUCUACCAGCCAGAUCAAGUGGCCAGUGUUGGGUCAGUUAAUUUUUUCUUCAACCUUGAAGAAGUUUGGAGUGAUUAAAGCCAAUAAAGAAAUUGACGUGAAACACCUUCACAGGCCUUUGGAAUCCACAUGGCCCAAAGCGAACAGUCCAUUCCUUUCCAAGCAAGCUGAAUCAAAUGAUCGGCCAUUUACUCCAUUGCAAAUGGAGCUCUUCUGUAUUAUGAAUUCAUACAAGGACUUGUUCUACCCAGAGAGGACUGCUUUAAGAAAUGGGGAAGAAGUUCGUCAUGUUUAUUGCCUGCAUGCCAUGAACCAUGUCCUGAAGGCAAAUGCUCAGGUGCUCAGCAACAAUGCCAAAUGGAGGGAUCAAAAACAAGGUGUUGAGGAUGAUAGUUUCAGGGACCAAGGACUCACUAGACCAAAGGUGCUGAUAGUGGUGCCCUUCCGUGAGUCUGCUUUACGUGUGGUGCAGAUUUUCGUCAGCCUCCUCGAAUCUGCAAAUAAAAAGAAAAUUGAUGUGAGUAACAAAAAGCGGUUCAAGAGGGAGUUUGGCUCAGAUCCAGAUGAGAAACCUCCAAAUCUGAAAAGGCCGGAAGACUAUGAAGCUGUCUUUGCUGGAAACAUUGAUGACCACUUCAGGAUAGGUGUUGCUGUUCUUCAGAAGAGUAUGCGACUGUAUGCACCAUUUUAUUCCUCCGAUGUCAUCAUUGCUUCUCCCCUUGGCCUGAGGACUGUUAUUGGAGCUGAAGGGGAAAAGAAGAGAGACUAUGAUUUCCUUUCCUCAAUAGAAAUACUUAUAAUUGAUGAAGCUGACAUUUACCUGAUGCAAAACUGGGAGCAUGUUUUGCACUUACUGGACCACAUAAACCUGUUGCCUUUGGAAUCUCAUGGGGUGGAUUUCUCACGGGUGCGAAUGUCCAAUCUGAAUAACUGGUCCAAGUAUUAUCGGCAAACACUGUUGUUUGGAGCCCUUCAGAAUCCACAGAUCAAUUCAAUCUUCAGUAAGCACUGCUGGAAUUACCAGGGACAGGUAGCAGUAAGGAAUGUACCCUUGAUAGGUUCUAUCAGUCAUGUUGUGGUGCAGCUUCCUCAUGUUUUUCGGAAGCUAGAAGCUGAAAAUUCUGUUUCUGUAAUUGAUGCAAGGUUUCACUAUUUCAUUGACAAAGUAUUGCCUGAGUAUCGAGAUGCAGUUAUGUCACACACUCUCAUUUACGUCCCAUCAUAUUUUGACUAUGUGCGUCUUCGGAACUACUUCAAGAAGGAAGAUUUGAGUUUUGUGCACGUUUGUGAAUACACAAAUAAAUCGGGCAUUUCCAGAGCAAGGCAAUAUUUCUUAAAGGGAGUGAAGCAAUUUUUAAUUUUCACAGAACGCUUCCACUUUUAUAAAAGGUACUCAAUUAGAGGCAUCAGAAACCUUGUUUUUUAUGAACUUCCAACCUAUUCACAUUUCUACAAUGAGGUCUGCAAUAUGAUGAAGUUGGCAGAUGGUGGCGAAGAAGCGACAUUGACCUGUACUGUGCUUUAUUCAAAAUAUGAUGCUCAGAAGUUGGCUGCUGUGGUGGGUGUUGAGCGGGCUGCUCAGAUGCUCCAGUCUUCUAAAAAUGUGCACCUUUUUGUCACUGGAGAAACAGAGUAACACGAAUGGUGGGCUCCUGUGCUGGUUGCAGGUGGUGGCUUCUAUGAACAAUCUGCCUAACAUUUUUGGACUUGCAUUUUGUCUGUUACCGAUUUUGGACAUUAUUAUGGGGAUACGUUUGUUUUCAAAGGGCUUGUUUUGCAAUUGUGAAAGGAAAAAAAAAUGUAAGAGGGCAUUUCCUCUUCAUAUUACAGUAAUAAUACUAAAACCUCCAUUUAAACUGUC